AUGAAUCCGAAGAAUUCGCGUAAAAAUCAGACGAAAAGCACGCCAAAGAAAAAAACGAAGAGUAAUGUAAAGUCAACUCCAAUCGCGAAUGAUGUCAAAAGCAAGUUUUAUUCGUCAAAAGAUGGUGGUGAAUUAAGUGAACAUCAAAAGGUGAUCGAUCAGAAAAAAGUUACCGCGGAAGAACCAAAAAAGUUGGAACGAUCAAAUAGUUUUUAUUUAACUCGAAAAUUAUCGAAAAUAUACACGAAGUUAUCGGGUAGUAAAGAGAACUUAGAUAAGGCAAAGGAAGGAGAAAAAGCAAAAAAAGAAGAAGCGACACCGCCAUACAAAUUCCAACGCAGUUUAACGUUGAAUUCUUUUCAGUUAAAGAAAGGUCCACGAAAAAGUUUUCUCGAUUCAAAACUAGAGAAAUUGAGUGAAGAAAAGAUCUGCGAAAAUGGAAAAGCAAAGUCACCUCCACUUUCUCCGACUCCAGUUCUCCGUUCAAAGUCACCUGCCAGUUAUCGACAAUCACUUCCUCCAGGUUCAUUAGAUGGCUUCGACUUUCUUAUGCCACCACCACCAAAGCUUGAAAGAUCUGGAAGCUUCAUUUCUUUAAUCAAAAGAAAAAUCAGUUUCAAUGAACCGAGUCCAAUGAAAUCAAAUUGGGCGACAUCGUUACAAAGUCUUCAGCAAAUCGACAAUAUGGUCAGCUAUGAAGACCUUUCCUUUGUUGACUACGACAAAUUUAAUCAGUAUGAACAACAAAUUGAUAAGAUGUUAAGUCGAAUCCACAAUGACUCAGUUGAUUCACCUGCGCUUCAAAUGCAACAUUCAAUAGAGAAUUCUGUUGUUCGGAGAAGACCCAAGAAAGUUCGGGUUCAUUCAAGUGACAUCAACAGUAACUUAGAUCGUGAAAAAAAUCUUUAUCGGCAGAGUAUUGACAGCAGUAAAUUACAAUUCUUAAGUUCAAUUAACUCUGACUCACAUCGAUGGAGCACGGAAAUGUGUGACAAUGAUCCAAUGAAUUGGCUUUCACUGGAAAACACGCCUCAAGCUGUUAAUCCAAAUGUGUAA